GUCUGUUGUAGCGUAACGUUAGCCUUAAAAGGGACGAACAGUUAGCACGGCUGGCCACCAGCGUUAGUAUUGUAUGCUUGCCGUGCUGUAAAGUAUGAACAACGGGGAUGUUACAGCUGCUCGGGGGAGAAGACCAGUGGUUCCCGACAAAGUCGACAUGUCCUUAGAUGACAUCAUUCGGCUGAACAAAAAAGAGCAACAGUUAAAAAGGAGACAGGCUCCUGUGACCCGCCGACCAGUCAAAAAGACGGGCCGCUUCAACCAAGGGAAGGGAGUCGCACCGAGAACAGCCGGAGCCGUCCAGAGAGGAGGUGGCGCGCCCCGAGGUGGAGCAGCUAAAUUAAGAAACAGAAGAGUUCCUCCCCCACCUGGGCGACGACGGGGUCAAGGGGUCAUCACGGGACUGGCAGCCAGGCGGCCGGCUGCCCUGCUGAAGCGACUGGGUACCAUGAGCAGAGCAGCUAUCAACCAGAAAACAAGACUGAAAACCAAGUCUUUCAAUCAACGCACUGAAGCCCCGAACAGGAAGCAAGAGUUGCAGAGGAGGCCGUACAGGCAGCCAGAGCUUCUGAUAGGUCAGAAUUCAACAGCGGUCAGGAGACCAUUUCAGCUGCGACGACGACCACUGCCGCCUGCCCAGCAGACACGGAGGGAAGCACGUCAGGCCACAUUUCUUUUUAACAGAGGACUCGAGGUGCAGGCCCAAGUGCAAAAGACAAAUCCUCACAGUCCUCCAGUCAGAACUAAGCAGUGGGGCACAUCGACAACCAGCAAUGUGAUGUUGACUAUUUCAAUUGAAAACCCCACAGCCAGGACUCAGCCUGAGCCUCCGUCUGCUUGGACCCUGCAUCCCCCAGCGGCCGUCGCUGCUCCCGUUACCAUGGAGAUAAUGGAGAAGAAAAUACCAAAAGGAGUGCCUCUGCAAUUUGACAUCAACAGUGUUGGGAAACCGCAAACAUCAAUCACCCUGAAUGAGAGAUUCCGCAUCCUAAAAGAUCAACGCAUCACCACAGAACAAGGCGUCAAAGGCAGCCGAUUUGUUAGCGUUGGUUAGCCGACAAAGAGCCGGUUUGUCCUUCUCGGACUGCAGUGAGCCUCCUGAUGGACGGGAUGUGCUGACCCCCUGGCUGAUAUGAGGGAAGAUGAUACGAGUGGGACGCGGGUCCAACGUGGGCAACUGUGAGAAGUGUGUCAAUGGAAGACUUUGUGAAUCCCCAUUAAUGUUCCAUGUUGUGCUCCACUGUUGUGGAUGUCCUAUACCGGGAAGGCGGGAGCUUUUUCUUUUCCCCCUUUGGACUUGGAUCUGUUGACGAAUCAUGAAAAGUGCUUGGAAGAAUUUAAUUUCAGAGGGCCGCGAUGCAUUUGUUCAGGUGGCACGUAUGUUCUAAAACCUCUUCAGAAUUGUUUUGUAAUGUUUCUUCAAUAAAUUAGUUUCUUUUUAAAAGA